AUGAAGCGAGUUCACCCCAGCCAACUCAACAGACCACGCACCGACCAGAGCACUCAUCGGAGCCACCACGCCCAUCUUGCUGGCAACUGCCACAGCAACAAUCUUCUCAUCUACCUCAUCGCACGAGAAGGUCUCGCCAGGCAGCUGAAUCUCAAAAGGAGGUAUGCGAAAUUGGAUAUCUGGGGAGUGGGAGGAAAGAAGACCGCUCAGACAAAAGGUGUCGUCUCCCUUACCCUGACGUCAAGGUACAGAUCAAUAUCUAUCACUAUCCAAGCUCAUGUUCUUUCAACGGUAACAACCAUCCUGCCUACCGGCCAGCUGACUCACCAACCGGAAUGGCCCCAUCUCAAGGGAUUGAAUCUCGCCGAUCCUGACUUUCUCAUUCCAAGGCCUGUAGAUGUCAUUAUCGGAGCUGAUGCUUAUGGGCAGCUCAUAAAACCGAACAUUAUCAGAUACUCAAGCUCCGCUCCCAUAGCUCAGCUAUCAAUCUUCGGAUGGCUCGUGAUCGGUCCAGUUGACUCACCCAUGACGGCAGUCAGAACAACUCAUCAUGGCAUCUCACGACUUUCAGAUUCACCCUUGCAAGAUCUGCUGACGAGGUUUUGGAUCCAGGAAGAAACUCCCACCUCAACUGACUCUCACCUGUCACCUGAAGAGCAGGAGUGCGAAGAACACUUCGCAUCUACUCACUCAAGAGAUGGAAGCGAACGAUACAUCGUCAAGCUGCCACUCAAAUCAUCACCAACGGUGCUGGGAGACUCAUACAGAACCGCUCAUCAAUGCCUCCUACGGAUCUGCAAAAGGUUAGCCAGGGACACUCAGUAUGGUGAACUCUACACUCACUUCAUGCGUGAGUACGAACAAUCUCAGCACAUGAUCAAACUCAACGAUAACUCUCUCACGAGCCAACCUCAUUAUUACCUGCCUCAUCAUGGUGUUCUCAAGCCAGAGAGUUCCUCAACGAAGCUCAGAGUAGUUUUCAACGGCUCCAGCUCCAGCUCUACCGGGUGUUCCCUGAAUGAUCUCAUGCACACCGGUCCAAACCUGAUGCUCAACAUAUUCGACCUACUCAUCUGGAUUCGACGAUACAAGUAUCUCUUCGCGACGGACAUCACCAAGAUGUACCGUCAAAUCAAGAUACAUCCUGCUGACUGGGAUCUCCAACGGAUUCUCUGGAUGGAUGAGCAAGGAUUGGAAGCUCACUAUCAACUCACCACGGUCACGUAUGGCACAAAGGUAGCUCCGUUCUUAGCGGUAAGAACACUCAUUCAACUGGCUCAGGAUGAAGGCAGUAAGUACCCUCUUGCUGUCGAGCCAAUCACUCAUGGCCGAUACGUCGACGACAUCUUUGGAGGAUCCGACUCAGUUGAAAAUCUCAUUCAAACUGCCAAUCAACUCACUCAACUGUGCCAUGCGGGCGGAUUCCCGUUGGCAAAAUGGCAUUCGACAUCACCAAGGCUUCUUGAAGCCGUCUCAUCGGAGCGAAACAACUCAUCCACGAUCUCCUUCGACGACUGCACCACCAAGAUUCUCGGAAUACGGUGGUUACCUCAGCAAGACACUCUAGACUUUUCGACCAUCUCCACAUCGCACUCAAACAGAUUUUCAAAACGCCUCAUCCUGUCAGAAGUAGCACAACUCUUUGAUCCGCUGGGCUUCGCAGCUCCAGUUGUAAUCAGAGCGAAAAUGCUUCUACAAGAACUCUGGUUGCACAAACUCAAUUGGGACGAUUCACUUCCAGAACAGCUGAUCUCACGAUGGCGCAGCAUUAGACAAGAUCUCACCAGUCUGGCCAGACUCUCAAUCCCACGCUGGUUCAACACAUUGUCCGACUCAACGGUUGAACUACACGGAUUCUCUGAUGCGUCACAACUCGCAAUGGCAGCUGUUGUGUACUUAGUCGUCUACUCUCCGUCCACUGGCGCCAACGUCUCGCUCAUUUGCUCAAAGACGAAGGUCUCACCUCUCAAGCGUUUAACCAUCCCGAGGUUAGAACUCACGGCAGCGCUGAUACUCUCCACGUUAAUUCAUCAUGUUUGCGCUACUCUGAACAUGAACAUUACCAAAACUCAUUUGUGGACGGACUCUCAAGUGACACUCUCAUGGAUCAAAGCUCAUCCCUCAAGGUGGAAAGACUACGUCAGAAACCGAGUGACCAAGAUUCAAGAACUCACCGAGGGAACUCAAUGGAGGCACAUCGCAGGCACCUCAAAUCCAGCUGACUGUGCAUCACGUGGAAUAACCACAGAUCAGCUCGAACACCAUCCUCUCUGGUGGUCGGGACCACCAUGGAUGACUCAACCAGAGGACUCUUGGCCCUCUGAACCAGAGACCGCCCUUGACAAUUUGUGCGCACAAGAAGCCAGGGCCGGGGUCUCACUACAUGCAUCUCACUCAGUCAAGGAGUAUCAAUGGGAUCUCAUUCACCGAUUCUCAUCGCUCACCAAGCUCUUGGGAAUUACUGCUCUAUGCAUCAAUUUCACCAAGAAGCUGUCAGGAAACCUCAACUCUUCACCAGCCGCACUCAUCACCUCAGAAGAAGUAGAAAACUCAAGACUGUUCUGGGUCAAGGCCACUCAAGCAGUCUACUUCCCAGAGGAACUCGCCCUACUCAGACGACAAGGGCAGCUGUCUCCAUCCAAUCCUCUCUGCAAGCUCACUCCAUUCAUAGACAGCGAUGGUGUGCUCAGAGUGGGUGGACGGCUAGACAAUGCUGAACUCUCAUACGAUGUAAAACAUCCUGCAAUUCUUCCUCGCUCAUCAAGAUUCUCCGAACUGAUCAUCGCAGACGCUCAUCAACAGACGAAGCAUGGAGGCACUCAGUCAACGCUAGCAUUCAUCAGACGACUCUAUUGGAUAAUCGGCGGCAGAGCUCCAGUAAAGUCUCACAUUCUCAGGUGCGUGGUGUGUGCUCGCCAAAGGGGGAUCCGUGCACAUCAACUGAUGGGCCAACUACCUCUGGCGCGAGUCACACCAUCACGCCCUUUCUCUCACACUGGAAUCGAUUAUGCUGGCCCACUCACUCUCAAGACGUGGAAGGGUCGAGGCUCAAAAACCUACAAGGGUUGGAUCUGCGUCUUCGUCUGCCUCACGACAUCGGCCACUCACCUGGAAGUGGUUUCAGAUUACUCAACCGAAGGUUUCAUCGCAACCUACAGACGUUUCACCUCCAGACGAGGAAUUCCAUCAGCCCUCUACUCGGACUGCGGAACCAACUUCCUGGGUGCUGACGCACAACUCAAACAGUGCUUCGCCGCAAGCUCAGCAGGUCAUCACAAAAUCUCAACGGUACUGGCUCAAGACAGGACUUAG